UAGCAUGCUUUCUCAUACUCAUUAUACCCUUCCAUACAUUUUCACCUUAAAAAUCUUCAAAAACACCAAACAAAGAAAGAAAAAAAGAAGAGCAAAUUAUUUUCUAUCGUAUUCAGAAGGGUUUUUCACGUAAAAAAACUUGAGGGAAGUAUACAUGACGAGCGUGUUGGGUGCAGAGUGUGACAAAAUCCGUUUGGAUUAUGAAGCGGAGACGGAGCUAAGGCUAGGGUUGCCCGGAGCCAAUGGAAAUGAAGUCGAAUCGACUAAUAAUAAGAACAAUGGCAAAAGGGUCUUUUCACAAACUGUUGAUUUGAAAUUAAACCUUUCUUCAAAGGAUUCUACAAUUGAUAUUAAUCAAGUAGUUGACAACAUGAAGGAGAAGAAGAAUAAUAAUACUAAUAAUAUUGUUGUGCCAACUCCUAAUGAUCCUGCUAAGCCACCAGCCAAGGCACAAGUUGUGGGUUGGCCACCAGUGAGAUCAUUCAGGAAGAAUGUAUUGACUGUCCAGAAGAACACCACCGCCUCCGGUGAAAGCUCCGGCGCCGCCGCCGCCACCGGAGCAGCCUUUGUGAAAGUCAGUGUUGAUGGUGCCCCAUAUUUACGUAAAGUGGAUUUGAAAAUGUACAAAAGUUACCAGCAACUUUCUGAUGCACUUGGCAAAAUGUUCAGCUCUUUCACCAUUGGGAAUUGUGGGACUCAAGGAUUUAAGGAUUUCAUGAAUGAGAGCAAAUUGAUAGACCUCUUAAAUGGCUCAGACUAUGUACCUACUUAUGAAGACAAGGAUGGUGAUUGGAUGCUUGUUGGCGAUGUACCUUGGGAGAUGUUUGUUGAUUCAUGCAAGCGCUUAAGGAUAAUGAAAGGAUCAGAGGCCAUUGGACUAGCACCAAGAGCAGUGGAGAAAUGCAAGAACAGAAGCUGAAUUUGAUGUUCCAAUUAAUUGUUCAUUGUUUUUUCUUUUUUUUGGUGUCCAUGGUCAAAGUAUAUAUUGACCUUGGAAUUUCUAAAUCUGUUGUAAUUUGAAGGUUUAUAUAUAUAAAAGUUAAGAAAAUGUUUAUGUA